AUGAUAGACUCGGGCAGCUGCGAGAACAUCGUAUUUGCUGAGGCCGUGCAGAAGUUGAGCCUGCGAAGUGAGCCACAUCCCAAACCGUAUAAGCUGGCAUGGCUGAAGAAAGGAGGUGAAGUGAGUGUGUUGAAGCGCGCGCUGGUUACCUUCUCUAUUGGCCCUCGGUAUAGGGAUUCUGUGUGGUGUGAUGUUGUCAUGAUGGACGCGUGUCACUUGUUGUUGGGAAAGCCCUGGCAGUUUGAUAGGAGCGUGAGCUAUGAUGGACGGACCAAUAAUUACAGCUUCACGCAUAAGGGAUUAAAGAUUGUACUGGUACCGAACAGAGGUAGGGACGCUAUCGAGCUCGAACUUGCGAAUCCGAUUACCGCAACCAACUUGCUGUCCCUUGCCCGAUUUCAGGAGGAGUUGCAUGAUGCAGAGUUUAUGUUUGCUCUCGUGGGCAGGGAGGUUGUGGAGGAGGGUCUUAUGCCUUGUGAGUCCUUACCGAUCUUGAAAGAAUUUCAGGAUGUCUUUCCUGAGGAGCUGCCAAAUGGUCUACCACCCUUGCGGGACAUCCAGCACCAUAUCGACCUGUAG